AUGUCGCGACCGGAGAUUGAAGAUCUUCAGUGUGACUUCGCGACUCCUGCCUGCUCUCCAUGCAUUCGAGCCCAGAAACUCUGCUCGGGCUAUAGAGAUACCCGUCAACUCCGUGUUCGCGACCAGAGCCAAGACGUAAGGAGAAGAGUUAUCAGUAAACUGAGUCCUUCUCCUCCACACCUGCAUUCUCUCUCCCAGGCUCUCCAUGUGCAGGCGCGGGAGUCUUUCUUUCUCCAUUAUGUUACUGGAACUUUGAAGACGUGGGACUUCCUUGAAAAGUACUCGGAUUCUACAGAUAUACCACCAUACCUGGCUUCAGCAUUGAUGCUGGGUACGGCCGAAGUGAGAAUUCUCGGACGUCUGAGUACAAAUCAUUUGAUCAGUUCUGUUGCUAGUAACUUAGCAGUGCCUAUGGAUCUGCAAGAAGUCCGAGCAUACUGCGGAGAACAUCUCAACGUAGUGGAUCCGAAGUGGCGGCUUUCGGAUCUGAUGGUUUCCUAUGCCAAUCUUCGCAGUCAAAUUCGCGGUGCAUAUUCUAGCUCCAUCAACUCGACGGAAAAGCUCUGGGAUAAUCAAGUUGAUCAAUACCCAAGUCGACAUGUCACCCAGACAUGGAACGUCUGUCGCCUUAUCAGGAUACUUCUGAACGAAUCAAUUCUCAAGUACUCAGGAGAAUUAGAGCGAAAAACCACGACGACCAACGGCGUGGCUCCGAGACAGACACUGAGGGACAACGUUGAGAUGCUGGCGAAAGAAAUUUGUUCUUCUGCGCGGCAGUAUACGGACUGCCGAGACAAAUCCAACUUAAUGAAAUCUGGAAUACAGACUACCCUGCCGCACACUCAUAACCCCGCAGAGAAACUGGACUGCUACACCACGAUCUUUCCACUUUAUAUUGCGGGGCAGUCGAAGUGUACUCAACAAAGACGGAGAGACGAAGGGUCACAGGUGGCUCAGGACAAGAUUCGAAAUCUAAUGUUCGCAUCUUCGGCCACAGAAUCUGAAACCAUCCAUGCCGCUGUCGACCCUCAUCUAAGUCUCCCACUCGCCACUGUUUAUUCGCCUACUCUGCCCAAAGCUACGACGCAUCCCGCUCAAUACAAGGCUACAAUGGGAGCACAACGUCAUUUCGAGGCAUGGACUAAGUCUUUUCGAGUGCAGGCAAGCCAAAAUCUGACCCUCGGAUUUUUCACGGGAGAUGCAAUCGCCUUUCGUCAUGCACUUCAAUACCGCCAAUUCAACACCCAUGGCUCAUCGAAUUGGUAUCGUACUCGACAUGUCAUGGAACCUUUCAACUUUGAUCACAAUGGAGAAGGGUGGCUUUGA